UUUACAAAAAUGUGAGGGGUGUACUCACUUUUUUGAGAUACUGUAAUUACACGGUGUUGACGAGAGACGGUUGUUGAGAGGAGAAUAUCCUGGUUCAGAGGCAACGGGAACUCAAAACAACUACUCUUUACAAGCGUGGUGAGCAGAAAAGCAUGUCGAGGCUUGCAGUGGAUGGCCGACAACACCAGAAGACCACAGGAACAGGAAUAUGAUGAACCUGAGAGCUAAUUCAACAUCCUGUCUUACCCCGUAUGCGUCGCACGCUAAACCUGCACAUCACCCAACGGCGUUCUAUCCUCACGCAAGCCUUCUUCCUUUCGUAUGUGACCGAGGCUACGAGUUCGACGGAACGGAUUCUGCAUUAUGUCUAAACGCGACUUGGAGGCUGCCGGUGUGCAAAAGAAAACCUCACACGUGUGAUUCCCCGGCUAAAGUUUUCAACGUGACCGUCAUGUAUCCUAACCAGGACGUUUUUGAAAACGGCGACAUGCUAAAAUAUGUUUGUGCAGAACUGUAUAUGCAGGCUGCUCUAGAAUUUAUGACUUGUUCGUAUGGUAUAUGGAGCCCUGCACCUGAUUGUGAUGAUAUUCUGACCGUUCUAGGUGAAACUGCAGUAUUUCCUCAUCAGGUUUCAGAAUUUUCUGACGAUCUUUCAGAUGCAGGAAGUCCUGUGAGAAGUGCAACUCCUCGUACAGUCAGAAAAUGUCGAACGGAGCCUCGUUUAGAAAAUGGCCACAUUGCUCAACUGAAAGGUGGAAUGAGAUUAUCAGCUGAGUGUUUGCCGUUUUACAAGCUAGAAGGACCUGCUGAAAUAAGAUGUGUUAUGGGGAAGUGGACAGAACUCCCGGUGUGUAAACCUCCGUGUACACUGGAUAGGACCCGUUUUGAUUCCGAUCAUCCUGAUGAAUAUCUGAUGGAGGGUGAACAGAAGACAUUUUACUGUAGUGGAUUUAAACAGAAAAGAAACAUCAGAUGCGUUAAUGGAAACGCAAUCUAUGGAGAAUGUCGCUCCUCUGGCAGGCUUUUGAACCAAAUAUUUAUAUCUUCUUAGUAACUACACUGGAACUGAAGAAGACACAUUUACAUGGUUCGAGAGUUUCAGUGAAAAAAUCAAUUCCCGCAUGAAGACCAGUCGAAGAUGGUGGAUUGUUACUUAAAGAAAGGGAAAAAAACGGAUCUUGAAACAAUAAAGUUUACGACGAAACGA